AUUCAAAGCUGUUUCGGCCGUUACAUACUCUUGCAUUCAAACCAUGUCCCUACUCCCCUCAUCGUCUCGCUCGUCGGCCAGGCUUCUAGCUAACACAUUCAGGAGAACAUAUGCCACGUAUACAGAGCUUCCACGACCACCCCCUUCAAAGCAGCCCGAGCCGGAGACCUUUUCCUCACCGGCCAAGCCUGGGGCGUACUACGAUCGACCCCAGCCACGCGCUCUCCCUCCGUUACAGAAAAAGUGGCCGGUCCUGCUUGCUCUUGGGGUCUUCGGGACGGGUGCAUGGGCUACUUUCUAUGCAUACGUCGCGAACCAGGAGAAGUUGGCCAGUUCGGUCUUCAAACAGAUUGUGGCAACCAUAAAGGAUGAUUCUGAGCUGCAGGCUGUUCUUGGAGAUGCUAUCCGACCUGAACCCGCUUGGUGGUUGAAUGGAGAGCCAUGGAUUAGUGGCGGGGUUCAUUUAAUGCAAGGCAGCGUUGACCUAAGCUUCCGUGUGAAGGGCCCCAAAGGAGCUGGCACGCUUUAUUUCACUAGCAUACGAAAGGCAAAGGGCGAACCUUUUACAAUCUUACGAUUCAAAGUCAUUACCGAUGAUGGACAAAUAGUUCACAUCAGAACACGUUCGGGACCUCUCGCAUAACUUCCCUGCAACCUAUUCCGCUACCUGUAAUCUCAUUUGACAUAAUGGACACUACAUAUCUCGAGCUAGUCUUCAACAUGUUGCAGUAUGGGACUAUAUCCUGAAGACACCAUAGUUGCAUCAAGAUCGACAUGUAUAGUAGAAACGUAGUAGUAAACGUCUAUGCGAUAAUAAAGUUAGGCCUACUAA